UUGAACACACCCAAGCAACAUGGUCAUGGAGUUAGAAGAGUUAACUUUGGAAGUGAAGAAAGUGGACGACUCCCUGACUCGUCUGGAACAAAAAAUAGCCAAUCUACAGCAAGAGAAGAUAAAACUGGAGGAUAGGAAGAACCUCCUGGUAUCUCAAAUAGAAUCCCUCCACGAACUGAGAUCAAUGCAAGACAAAGCAUCAGAUUGGGAAACAAUGACCUUCCCUUGGUCCCAGAUACUAUUAACAACACUGAACUCUGUCUUUAAGAUAGAGUCUUUCCGUCCGCUACAGCUCCCCUGUAUUAAUGCCUUGAUGUCAAAAAGAGAUGUCAUGCUUAUAAUGCCAACUGGUGGAGGAAAGAGUCUCUGCUAUCAAUUACCAGCUGUCAUCAGUGGUGGGUUUGCUCUAGUUAUAUCUCCACUGGUUUCGCUAAUGGAGGAUCAACUAAUGUCAGUCAAACGGUUGGGCAUCAACUGUGCAAUGAUAAACAGCAGCAGUCCCCAAGCACAUGUAAAGAAAGUUCACUCUAGCAUGAUCGACAAGUCAGACAGGAGUCUCAAACUAGUUUACGUGACGCCGGAGAAGAUUGCAAAAAGUAAAGUAUUUAUGUCUAAGUUGGACAAAGCCUAUGGGUUAGGCCGUCUCUCAAUCAUCGUCAUUGAUGAAGUCCAUUGUGCCAGUCAAUGGGGCCAUGACUUCAGACCUGACUAUAAAGUACUCGGAAUACUCAAAAGACAGUUUCCAAAUUCUCCACUCCUUGGUCUCACAGCUACAGCAACAUCAAAAGUAUUUAGCGACUGCAAGAACAUCCUCAACUUGCGCUCUUGUCUCAUUUUUAAAGCAUCAUACAAUCGGCCUAAUCUGUUUUAUGAAGUACACAACAAAAUAUCGUCUCAGAAGGAACAGGUUGACACAAUGAUUCAACUGAUUAAUAGUCGAUUUAAGGAUCAGAGCGGAAUCGUGUACUGUUUCAGUCAGAAAGACGCAGAGCAGGUUUCUAUUGCUCUACAAACUGGCAGCAUUUCUGCUACUUGUUAUCAUGGAGGCAUGGAUGCUGGAGAUAGGACUAAGGCACAUACUGAAUGGUAUGAUGGAAAAAUACAAGUUAUUGUCGCAACCGUUGCCUUUGGCAUGGGUAUAGACAAGAGUAAUGUGAGAUUCAUAAUGCAUCAUUCUAUUAGUAAGUCAAUGGAGAACUACUAUCAGGAGAGUGGUAGGGCUGGUAGAGAUGGCCAGCCAGCAACUUGCAUAUUAUACUACAAACUUGCUGACGUUUUCAGACAGAGCACAAUGUCAUCUAAGGACUUCACUAGUGUGGCUAAUCUCUAUCCAAUGGUCCAGUACUGUAUUGAUGCUGUCCAGUGUCGGAGAGCUUUAAUUGCCAAGCACUUUGGAGAAACAUGGAAGCAAUCUGAUUGCAAUGAAAUGUGUGAUACGUGCAAAGUCAAGUCUAGAAGGAGCAAUGAUAUUGUGACUGAGGAUGUGUCUAAUAUCUGUUUGGGUUUCAUUGAGGUUCUUGGUAACAGUUCAAAGCGUCUAACAGGACAUAUGCUAGUCGAUAAAUGGAAGAGCUCUUCUAUUGCUAGUACUCAGUUCUCUAGUGGCAAUAAGCCAGGUAUAGAUAAGCUUGAGAGAGUACUGUCCCACUGUUUGUUGACUAACAUCUUAAAGGAGUCGUUUCACUACACCUCUUAUAACACCAUUAGUUAUAUUGUGCCUGAUAAAAAAGCAGCUGCAGUGAAAACUGGAAAAAUGACCGUUAACAUUGAGAGAUUAAAUAGAUUUCCAUUAUAUGAUAGUUCAUCGUCAGUUAUUCAAUCAACGAGUAGUCCAGCAACCAGUGGUCAAUCAAAAGUGAAGCCAUCAACUAGCAGCAGCUCAUCUUCACUUUACACUCCAGCAUCAUCCAUCAAACAAUCCUCAACCAGCACACCAGUAGCAACCACACCAGUAACAACUAAACCAGUAACAACUACACCAGUAACAACUAAACCAGUGAUCAAUAAAUCAGCAAGUACAACCAGUAUGCACUUAUCAGUCAGCAAACCAUUGCUUACACCUGUUACUCCAAUCAUUAAUUCAUCACUUAGCACUAAGCCAUCAGCCAAUACACCUAAGACUAGUAAACCAUUGAGGAGUAAAGAAGCAGGUGUUAGAAAGAGAAAAAGAGCUAGUAUGUCUAAAACCUUUUUUGCAGACUCUGAUGAUGAUAUUGAUGACUUUGAGACACCAAAGAAGUCUAAUGUGCUUAGUCUAAGGAAAAGAAAGGAUAAAGGGAAAGGCAGACUAUCUUUUCCAGCCUCUGUCUCUGAUGAUGUAAUUUGCAUUGACAGUGACUCUGAUUAGUGUCAUCAUUCAUAAUAGUUAUGAGUUGAUUCUCUUACAAACAUUGCCUCAAGUUUAGACUAUAUGUUCACAUUAUUAUAUUGCUAAAGGUGCUGUAUCCAAUAAAU